CGGCGGGGGCCCCAAAUGCUGCCCCACAGCCCUCGCUGCCUUGGCCCUGAGCCCCAGGAGGGAGCUGGGGACAGAGAUAAGAGCCCCACGUGCCGCCUGUAUCACGGGAGGGGCGGUAAACAGCCCUGCGCUGGGGUUAUCGGCGCCCUGCACCUGGGGGCGGCUCCAGCCCGCUGUGGGGAGAUGUGUGGUUGUGUGUUCGGCCUUAUCCGUGCCUCACAGCCCUGGCACAGCAGCUGCUUCGCAGCCCCUCCAUGUGCCGUGGGCUGCUCCCUCCCGCCUGGGUCAAGGCCGGGCCGGGCCCCGCGUCAGCGGCUUCGGGGUGUCGCAAGAGCCCCGGGAGAGGGGCCGGGGCCUUGGGCACACAGAGGGAUCUUCGUCAACCGGAGCCUGGCGCUGGAGAAGAUCAAGUGCUUUGGCUUUGACAUGGACUAUACCUUGGCCAUGUACAAGUCCCCUGACUAUGAGGAGCUGGCCUUCGCUCUGCUGCUGGAGCACCUUGUUGCCAUCGGGUACCCUCCUGAGAUCCUGGCCUACAAAUAUGACCCCACCUUCCCCACCCGGGGGCUGGUGUUCGAUGCCCUGUACGGGAACCUGCUGAAGGUGGAUUCCCACGGGAACCUGCUGGUCUGUGCCCAUGGCUUCCGUUUCCUCAAGGGAGCCGAAAUCCUGCACUAUUACCCCAACAAGUUCAUCCAGAGGGAUGACAUGAAGCGCUUCCACAUCCUCAACACCCUCUUCAACCUCACAGAGGCCCACCUCUAUGCCUGUCUCGUGGACUUCUUCACCAACUGCUCCAGAUAUGUCAACUGUGACACUGGCUACAAGCACGGGAACCUCUUCAUGUCCUUCCGCAGCAUGUUCCAGGAUGUGCGCGAGGCCAUGGACCACGUCCACCUCUCGGGCUGCCUCAAGGAGAAGACGCUGGAGAACCUGGAGAAAUAUGUGGUGAAGGAUCCCCGUGUGCCGCUGCUGCUGAGUCGUAUGAAGGAGGUGGGGAAGGUCUUCCUGGCCACCAACAGUGACUACACCUACACUGACGCCAUCAUGUCCUACCUGUUUGACUUCAGCAAUGAGGACAAGGCUGAUGUCCCACAGCGGCCCUGGAGGUCUUACUUCGACCUGAUUGUGGUGGACACGCGCAAGCCCCUUUUCUUUGCUGAGGGCACUGUCCUGCGCCAAGUGGACACGGACACGGGGAAGCUGCGCAUUGGGACGUACACGGGCCCCCUGCAGCACUGUGCUGUGUACUCUGGUGGCUCCUCAGAUGUGGUGUGUGACCUCCUGGGUGUGAAGGGCAAGGACAUCCUCUACAUGGGGGACCACAUCUUUGGGGACAUCCUGAAAUCCAAGAAGCGGCAGGGCUGGCGCACCUUCCUGGUGGUGCCCGAGCUGGCCCGAGAGCUGCAGGUCUGGACAGAGAAGAGUGAGCUGUUUGAGGAGCUGCGGAGCCUGGAUCUCUUCCUGGCCGAGCUGUACCAGCACUUGGACAGUGGCAGCAGUGAGCGCCCAGACAUCAGCUCCAUCAAGCGCCGGAUCCAGAAAGUCACACAUGAGAUGGACAUGUGCUAUGGGAAGAUGGGCAGCCUGUUCCGCUGUGGCUCGCGUCAGACGCUCUUUGCCAACCAGCUGAUGCGCUACGCAGACCUCUACGCUGCCUCCUUCAUCAACUUCCUCUAUUACCCCUUCAGCUACCUCUUCCGGGCUCCCCCUGUCCUGAUGGCUCAUGAGUCAACAGUGGAGCACUCUCACCGGGACUCGGGGGAUGCUAGCACUGCCCUUCCUCCCUGGCUGGCCCAGCAUGGUGACCCUCACCAGCAGGUCCUCCAGGACUCCAGUGGGGAGGAGGAAGAUGAUGGAGAAGCCUGAGCACACCCCAACUGCCAUGCUGCCCACAGGAGGACAUUCAGUGGCCCUGGACCACUUGCGCUCAUGGCCAGCUGCCACCUGUGGUGGCCACACAGGAUGGCCGGUGGCCCUGACUCCUGGUCCCUGUCACCUCUGUCCCCUGUCCCUGGGCAGUUGGGACCUUCUCCUGACUCUGCCCAGAGCCAGGAGAGGCUCCCCACCCCCAAGUCUGCUAGCUCCUGCCCGUUUAAUUCAUAUCUGCCUGGUGCCCCUUGAACUCAUUCCUCUCCCACCAGCUCAUUGCCAGCAUGGGGGCAUCCAGCACCAGGGUGAACGGGCAGUGCCACUGCUGCAGCGUCCCUGGCAGCCCCACUGCAGCAGUUGGGCUCCCAGCACCAAAAGCCCCCUGCCCCUUUAGCCUCUGGGCCUGGCCACGAGCACCGCAGUGCUGGAUGGAUGGGGUGGGGCUCUGCAGGUGACACCUGCUGCAGGGGAACCCCGUGAACCUGCUGUUCCUCUUUUCUGCUUUCUACCCUUUUCUAUUUAUAAAACGCCCUCAAAACUCCUGGCACUGCAGAGACAUAAAGUUGGUUUUAAAGGAAAA